UGCUCAGAGCCGCCGUCACGCGCCCGCCCGAAGGCUCCCGUCCCGCCAGGGCGCUGCCCCGGGUUGGUCCUUGCUGCGGUCGCGACCCCCGCCUGUCCUGGCGCCGCCAUGGACCGCAUCGAGGGAGCGUCCGUGGGCCGUUGCGCCGCCUCACCCUACCUGCGGCCGCUCACGCUGCAUUACCGCCAGAACGGUGCCCAGAAGUCCUGGGACUUCAUGAAGACGCAUGACAGCGUGACCGUUCUCUUAUUCAACUCGUCUCGAAGGAGUCUGGUGUUGGUGAAGCAGUUCCGGCCAGCUGUGUAUGCGGGCGAGGUGGAGCGCCACUUCCCAGGGUCCCUAGCAGCUGUAGACCAGGACAGGCCCCGGGAGCUGCAGCCAGCCCUGCCCGGCUCAGCGGGGGUGACAGUUGAGCUGUGUGCCGGCCUUGUGGACCAGCCUGGGCUCUCGCUGGAGGAAGUGGCUUGCAAGGAGGCUUGGGAGGAGUGUGGCUACCACUUGGCCCCGUCUGAUCUGCGCCGGGUCACCACAUACUGCCUUGACAGGUUUCAGGCAGGUUGUCAGCCGGAUCUGCAAUCUCAUGGGGGCAUGGGGCGUCCUUGGCCCACGUGGUUAUGGCAGAAUUCAGGUCCUGGUGGCUGGCAACUGGGUCCCACCUCUCUGCUGGCUCUUGGCCCCUCCCAGCAUGGCGGUUGCUUCCUCUUCAGGGCCAGCAGGACAGGUCUGGAGUGGGACUGACUGGCUCCAGACAGACCAUGUUCUACACAGAGGUGACAGACGCCCAGCGUAGUGGUCCAGGUGGGGGCCUGGCGGAGGAAGGUGAGCUCAUUGAGGUGGUGCACCUGCCCCUGGAAGGCGCCCAGGCCUUUGUAGACAACCCGGACAUCCCGAAGACCCUCGGCGUCAUCUUUGGUGUCUCGUGGUUCCUCAGCCAGGUGGCCCCCAACCUGGAUCUCCAGUGAGACUCCAGGGUUCUAGACAGAGGCCAGUCUUGGCCACUUACCCUACACCCUGCAGACCCAAUAAAGGCUUACAUAGCUCCAGCCUCUGCCUGCUGGUUCUGAGCUGUGACCAGGGCCUUGGAGAGGACUGGGGAAGGGGCGGGGAGCAGUGACCCUGACCUGAGAUGGCCCUCGGGACAUGGCGAGCUCUCCGGUAGCAGGAGCAACUGGUGGCAGGCCAUGCAAGUGGCUGGUGUGGGGUUGAGGACAGGCCUGGGGAUGCCAUGGGCAGGGCCAGGCUGUGCCUUCUCUUGGAACUAGGAGGGGUGCGGUCUGGGACUUAUGGAGGGUGGCAUGGCACGCCUGGGGGUGGGCCUGCUGGUCACGGGGCUGCAGUGUGAGCUGUGCUCCCAGGAGUGGUGGCUGAGCCAGUCCUCAGUUGUCGGGAUGGGGCAGGCAGCACUGCAGGCUGCUCACUGCAGGGAAAGUGCGCUGCCUGCUCCUGGGGCAAGUGAGCAGUCCCCACCCUGAUGAGCUGGGCUAGAGCCACUCCACAGGAGCCCGGAGCCAAAGCUGCCCC